UCUCUCCGGCCUUGUCCCCUGGGGACCUUACAUCCCUUGUCGUGUUCCUCCUCUAUAAAACUCGAGCCCGACCUUAGCCUCCCCCGCGUGUGGCUCGCAACUUGCAGUAGGUGACAGGUGUUAACAGGAGCUGGCUGAGCUUCUCUUGCUUCUGCAAGUAGUAGCUGUAGCCGCCCUGUAGGCAGAGAGAGGAGAGACGACGUACGUGAGGGAGCGAGCGAGCGACGACAGCAUCAGGCAGGCGUUGACGGCCAUGGCUUCCUCCGGCAGCGGUGGCGGCUCGCCGGGGUCCCCGUGUGGCGCCUGCAAGUUCCUGCGGCGCAAGUGCGCGGCGGAGUGCGUGUUCGCUCCCCACUUCUGCGCCGAGGACGGGGCGGCGCAGUUCGCGGCCAUCCACAAGGUGUUCGGCGCCAGCAACGCGGCCAAGCUGCUGCAGCAGGUGGCCCCCGCCGACCGGAGCGAGGCGGCGGCCACCGUCACCUACGAGGCGCAGGCCAGGCUGCGCGACCCCAUCUACGGCUGCGUCGCCCACAUCUUCGCGCUGCAGCAACAGGUGGCGAGCUUGCAGAUGCAGGUGCUGCAGGCGAAGGCGCAGGUGGCGCAGACGAUGGCGGCGGCCGGGCCGGGGGGCAGCAGCCCUCUCCUGCAGCGGUGGCCGCUGGAGCCUGAGUCGCUGUCGACGCAGAGCUCCGGGUGCUACAGCGACAUGUACUGCGGCUUCGGCGACCAGGAGGAAGGCAGCUACACGAGAUGAAUAAUGAAUGGAUCAUUCGCGCGCGCGCGCGCACGCAUCGACACAGAUACUUUCUUCUAUUAGCGCCAAGAGACAACAACAACCGAGGGCCUCAACUUUCUUGUUGGUUUGCAGUGCGUUUUGUUCAGUUCAGCAGCUAGCUCUCCGGUUUGGGGAGGAGCUUAAUUUCGAUGAGAUUUCGUGCGAUCCAUAAACUUGUAUUUCUUGCCGGUUCGAGCUGUAAAAUGGAAGUGCAGCUCAUCAUCAUGUGUGUGGUUAUUAAACGGAGGCACAAAUCGAGGAUAAUUUCAUAUUCCCUAAA